AGCUCCAACAGGCAUCACAUUCCUCCCUGAAGUAGCGGAGCCCUUCCCCUUUUUUCACACUGCCUUGAAGCAAAUAAUUCACUUUUUUUCUGGUUGAGUUUCUGAGUUUACAAAUAGUGAAAGGGCUGAGUCUGGGAGGGCAGAAGGUGCUGUCGUUCUCCCACUAACAACAACCCAAAAUCAUCCACCAACACAAAAGUGUUACUCUUUUUUUUUCAGAGCUUUUCUUCUUUUGAGAAACAUCUUGAAGAGGUCCACUGGAAGAGAAGCUGUUUUUGUCCUCAUCCUAAAAGAGAGAAUUGACCUGCGAUGUCUCUGAGAGGUGAAGUGUGUGUGGUGACGGGAGCCAGUGGAUUCCUGGGGAAGAGGCUGGUGAGGCUGCUGCUGGAGGAGGAGGAGGUGGCUGAGAUACGACUGCUGGACAAACAAGUACAGCCACAACUUCUACAGAGUCUGGAGGACUGUAGAGGCGACACAAAGCUGAGUGUUUUCGAGGGGGACAUCAGAGACGGUGAUUAUGUGAGAAAAAGCUGUCAAGGAGCAUCGAUCGUGUUCCACAUCGCAUCCAUCAUUGACGUUACUGACUCAGUGGAGUACAGCGAGAUAUACGGGGUCAAUGUCAAAGGAACGCAGCUGCUUCUGGAGGCUUGUAUCCAAGAGAACGUGGUGUCCUUCAUCUACACCAGCACCGUCGAGGUCAUGGGACCAAACACUAGAGGUGAACCCAUAAUCAACGGCAGCGAGGACACCGUGUACCAAUGUGCUCUCAAGUUCGCCUACAGCAAGACCAAAAUGGAGGCCGAGCAGAGAACGCUGCAGGCCCACGGCGAGGUGGUGCAUAACGGAGGCCGCCUGGCCACCUGCGCCCUCAGGCCUAUGUACAUCUACGGGGAGGGGUGCCGCUUCCUGGUGGGCCACAUGGGCGACGGCAUACGAAACAAAGACGUUCUGUAUCGCAUGUCUCAACCAGACGCCCUGGUGAAUCCCGUGUACGUGGGCAACGUGGCGGCGGCCCACCUCCAAGCGGCCCGCAGCCUCGCGGAUCCACAAAAAAGAAACGUCGUCGGAGGUAAGUUUUACUUCGUUUCCGACGACACGCCACACGUGAGCUAUUCGGACUUCAACCACGUCAUGUUGUCGCCUCUGGGCUUCAGCAUCCAGGAGAAGCUCAUGUACCCGCUCCUGCUGCUCUACGUGGUCUGCUAUAUAAUGCAGAUACUGUGCAUGAUGGCGCGGCCCUUCGUACGCAUUGCCCCGCCGCUGAACCGGCAGCUCGUCACCAUGUUGAACACGCCGUUCAGCUUCUCCUAUCAGAAGGCCAAGAGGGAGCUCGGAUACGCGCCCAGAUACACCUGGGACGAAGCACGCAGACGCACCGUCGAAUGGCUGGCGUCAGAGCUGCUGAAGGAGAGGGAGAGAAUAAGAGCCAAAUAAUGCAUGUAAAGCUGUUAGUACUAUACAAUACGUUUGUGUUUUUUUGCAUCAAUAACACCAUUUUCCUGACAAAAGUUUAGUGAAGCGCGCAUUCAAAAACAUAAAGAUCGUCACCAUUUAAUAUUUUUAUGUUUUCUAAUUAUUCUAACAAGUUUAACACAUGUUUUUGUUUGUUUUGUUCACAACUAGAAGUCACCAAAGUCAUAUAUUCCUAGGAUAAACUGCAUUCACUCAUUGUUUCUUCACUACUUUUACUUUACUCAACCUCAAGGAGAUGAUUUAAGGUAGACGGUACAGCGUUAACUUAACCCUGUGAGGGAGAGGAUGCUUGGAUAAAAGCAUAUUAACAAAGGUUUAAAUCUUGCUUUGACUCAUGUCAGUAUCAGCUGCUGUUCCUGUGCUGUAAAGCAAUAUGUCGUGUUUGCUAUUAAAGCAUUGAGAUAAAAAAA